GCAAAAAUUCAAAAAAAAAAAAAAGAAACUCUCACUUUAUCUCUUUAAAGUUUGCACAGGUGCUAGAACCUUUAGAACUUUUUUCUAAGGUCGAGUCUCCCAAGUCGAGCCGCUAUAAAAAGUUCCGGUAGCCGAGGCAAGAUAUCAGUAAAACCUAUUAAACUUCAAAGCAAAAUGAAAAACGCUCUCCGUCUGUCAGCACUCCUGGUCAUCCUAUCCAUGGCCUGCGGCUUCUUCUCCAGCAGCAGUUCCAGUAGCUCCACGCCCAGGAUCUGCCUCAUUCAGGGUUGCAACUGGAACUCCACGGUUAAUACCUGUGCCCGCUUUGGCAGCUCGAAUCUGUGCAAUCGUUUCAGGAACAGCUGCGCCUUGCGUUACGCUAACUGUGUUAGCACCACCGCCUAUACCACCACCAGUCUGUCCCAGUGCUCGGGAAUCACUGUGGGAAAUCGGGGAAGAUGCGGAUCUACUAGCUCAUCAUCAUCCAGCUCCAACGUUGUACCCAUUAUUAUUCGUCGCGGUUAAUUGUUUAAUGUUUUGUGAUUCAAAA